CCUUUGCUUCACCCAUUCAACAAAAUCACAAAACAAAACAAAGAAAAUGUUGAAAGCAAAGAAGAAGCUAUGGUGUCCUCUCUACAAACGUCUCCUCCAGACCAGAACCAUCUCUUCAACGACAUGUGGCUUCUUACAGAACCAACAACAGCAUAUCUCCAAUUCACAACCUCACUCUCCCUUUCCUUUCUUUUCCUACAACAACAACAAAAAAGAAAUCCAGACUUCAUCUUCAAGUGGGUUUUCCUCCCACUUUCUCUCUUUUUCAGGGAAAAGUUUCUGCUCCGCCCAAUCUUCCGAGAAAACCAACCUCAGAUGCUGGAACUGUAAUGCCGAGCCUCAAAACGCACCGUUUUUGGUCUGCGAGUCUUGUACAACCAUCCAGCCUGUUGAUCACUCUGUUGAUUACUUCCAAAUAUUUGGCCUGGAAAACAAGUAUGAAAUAGAGGAGGAUCAUAAUUUGGAGGUGAAGUAUAAAAAUUGGCAGAAAAAAUUGCAUCCUGAUUUAGUUCAUUCAAAACCUGAGAAAGAGAGAGAGUUUGCUGCAGAACAAUCAGCUAGGGUGAUUGAUGCUUACCGGACGCUGAACAAUGCCUUGUCAAGGGCAAUAUACAUUCUGAAACUUGAAGGUGUAAAUGUUAAUGAAGAAGAAACAGUGUCAGAACCGGAGCUGCUAGCUGAGAUUAUGGAAAUCAGGGAAGCAGUUGAAGAGGCACCUGACUAUCAGGCUUUAAAGGAGAUCCAGUCUUUGAUGCAAGAGAAAUUACAAAACUGGUCUAAUUCCUUUGCAAGUGCAUUCCGAGGCCAUAAAUUUGAAGAAGCUAAAAAUUGCAUCCGGAGAAUGACUUAUUAUGACCGUGUAAAUGAAGAAAUUGUGAAGAGGCUUUAGAAAAAGUUCAGCAUGUCAUUUUAGGGUCAACAACGCUUGAUUCCAAUUCAUUGGAUUAUCAUCUUCAACGAAAUUUGUAGGCAGAAUUUUGGUGGCAGGCCUAGUGGAGGCAGCUAGGUAUCGUGUUAAGUCAGGCAAAUGGAGAAAUCUGAAGCCGAGACUUAUCUUGGCUUAGUCGUCUUCUUAGUUAUAACCCAUCGGUUCAUGCUUUGUUGGGGCAUGAAACUGCUCCUGUUUCUUUUUUUCUUUUUCUCUUUUUUUUUUGUCUAAUUUGGUUUCUUUUGGAUGAAAGUCGCUAAAAUAGAAAAUAGAAAAAAGCCAGCUAAACAAUGAGAUAGUUAUUAAGCAUUGCUAAUUCAAAAUUUCUAUUAUCUUUGAAGGUUCAUAACUCGAAUAUUAUAAUCUCAACUCAUUUUUUCAUACUA